AUGAAGUUAAUCCGAAGGAACUUGGAGGAGGAGGUGGGGAGAGGAGCGCGAAAAAGAGAUGGAAAGUCAGUAGCACCGAAACAGCCUAUGAAGGAUCUUGAAGUAGGACAAGAUAUUGAAAUGGGGAGACUCGAUCCUGCGGACGAAAUGAACCUCUCGAAGUACUUUGAGGAGGUGAAUGCAAUCAAGGCCGACAUGAAGGAGAUCACCAAUCUUCUUCUCGACCUUCAAGAUGUCAAUGAAGAAAUGAAAUCCACGCAAAGUUAUAAAAUUCUUUUAUCCUUGAGGAUCGGACUAGUUUUGACAUGA